AUGAUGUCCAACGCACCUUCAUCUCUUCAGCAACGACAGAGGCUACAUCGGAGGCAAAACUCGACGCCCGUUGUAGCCUUCGAAGCCAUGAAGGUUAGCACCAACAUGCCGCCACAAAGCCAAAACAUGCACAGAAGAGGACAAUCGUUUGAUCAACAACAACGAAGUCCCAUUCGCAAACAGCAUCACGGCGGCGCGGUAAGUAUGACUAACAUAGGAUCAAUCCAUGGACAACAAAUUUUGCGGGAAGCGCAGCAGCAGAAAAUCGCAAGACCGGGCCAGCAGCAGCAACACAACUCACAUUUGGACUUACCAAUCUCACCCGAGUGCGGUAUAUAUGCGGUGUCCCCCAACUCAAUGCCGGGGACGCCGUAUGAAAACAUGACAAUGAAUGCAUUCAUGCACCAGAAUUCCCAGAGCAUGGAUUACUCACACUCACAACAAUUCUUCUCUGAUCUCAACAUGUCAAUGCAACAGGGGAUUUCCAACAUGGGGAUGAUGGACGAGAACAAUCCACAGUAUUAUCAAGAUACUCACCUUCUCCAUUCACAACCCACCCGGGGUCUCGCAAUAGACACUCGGAGAAUGUCGCAACCGGAUCUGCGAGUGCAGACUCAGUUACGACCACACACGCCAUCACAUCAAAUCCAGACUGCGCAAUUUCCUCUUACACCUCCCUUUAGCCAGCACACUCCAGCUGUACAGUAUUCACGAUCACUACAAGCAUCACCUGCUUUGCAGUCACCGUACCCCAUUCAUAUGGCGCGAGGGAGAUCCCUUCAAGGAAUCAUCGAGAAUGAAGAAUUCAAGCAGGACUAUAUGGGUCCUCAAAGUGGUGCUUCUUUCGAGAUGGCCGACAUGCCCAUCCCAGAAUCACGACGUCGACUCCAGACUCCGCCAUCGCAACAGCAAGAAGAACGAGUAAAUGUCAAGUCCGAGUCGGCGCCAGCCAACUACGACUUUGGAUUCGGUCAGGAUGGAGAAUUCCAUAUGUCGAGGCUCGCAAAUCAGCUAGUGCCUGUACUGAGCCCCGGGCGAGCUCCUGCUGGCAGUAGCUCCCCGGGAAGACCGGCUCUCUCGCCACGCCGCAUGUCCAUUUCAGAUCUCAACUUGGAGCCUGGUAUCGAAGCUUCAAUCGAAGAGACCAACGUCACUCUGGAUGACAUUGCCCAGUUCAUCGAAGGACCAGACCCUGUGGACAACAAGUGGAUCUGCAAGUAUGAGGAUUGCAACAAGAAAUUCGGUAGAAAGGAGAACAUCAAGUCGCACGUCCAGACUCACCUCGGUGACCGACAAUUUCGAUGUGGCCAUUGCAAGAAAUGCUUCGUCCGAGGCCACGACCUGAAACGUCACGCCAAAAUCCACACGGGAACUAAGCCAUAUCCUUGCCUCUGCGGCAACUCCUUUGCCCGCCACGACGCUUUAACGAGGCAUCGGCAACGAGGCAUGUGCAUUGGUGCCUUCGAUGGCGUUGUCAAGAAAGUGAUCAAGCGAGGCAGACCCAAAAAGCAUCGACCAGAGAUGGAGAACCGCCUCGACAAGGCCAGUCGAACUAGGCAAAAGAACAGUGAGGCCCAUGACUCGUAUGGGUCCUCAGCGUCAAGCUGUUCCAUCUCGAGUUGGGGAUCGCCGCCGACGGAGAACAUGGACAACCUGAGCAUCCGGGGGACAUCGCCGAUUGAAUCCAUGGGUCUUUUUGGCAUGCCGCAACAAGGCGGCAUGAGUAUGGAUCAGAUGAUGGGCUUCCCACCUGGCACCUUCUCCUUCACACCCCCGGCUAGCCCAGGAUACUCGACCGGCAACAAGCCCAGUCCCUCGUACCGGGAGCUGACACCGGCAGACCUGGGCGACAUUCCAGAUCUGCACAACAACGGUGACAUGCAACUCCUGCCCGACCUCCCCACGAUGGACCAGAGCUUGCCGCUAAUGGGCGCCGAUAAUGGCUAUUCAGGACAAAGCCUUCCCAGUCUGUCACAUUCGGGCUCCUCUCCUGCUCCCGAACUCGUGGCAUUUGACUUCUCCAGUCUGCCCACGGAUUCCUCGACCAGUAUGCCCUCCCAGAGCUCGCAGCUACCGUUGAAGCUCGAGUCCGAGAGGAAUGAGUUCGACACCUUCCUUGAUUAUGGAGGCAUGGAGAUGGGCCUGGACCCUUCAGCUCAGGACUUCUUCACCAUGUGA